UCUACUGCGACCGCUGCCACAAGUGGAUCCCUGCUGCUCGUCUCCAUGGCGACCAGCCCAGCUACCUUAAAGGAGACAACUUCUUCAAGUUUGUGUGUUACGACUGCUCUGAUGACGGCAAGGAGAGCUUCGAGAGGAUGCGCCUCACCUGGCAGCAGGUGACAUGAAGACUAGACCAGGACAGGACUAGGACUCUCAGACUUGCUAAAACCCAUGUUCCUCAGGUGGUCAUGCAGGCCACGUACAAUCUGGACUGGGACUAGACCAGGACUGGACUAGGACUCUCAGACUUGCUAAAACCCAUGUUCCUCAGGUGGUCAUGCAGGCCACGUACAAUCUGGACUGGGACUAGACCAGGACUGGACUAGGACUCUCAGACUUGCUAAAGCCUGUGUUCCUCAGGUGGUCAUCCUGGCCAUGUACAAUCUGGACUGGGACUAGACCAGGACUGGACUAGGACUCUCAGACUUGCUAAAACCUGUGUUCCUCAGGUGGUCAUGCUGGCCAUGUACAAUCUGGACUGGGACUAGACCAGGACUGGACUAGGACUCUCAGACUUGCUAAAGCCUGUGUUCCUCAGGUGGUCAUGCUGGCCAUGUACAAUCUGGACUGGGACUAGACCAGGACUGGACUAGGACUCUCAGACUUGCUAAAACCUGUGUUCCUCAGGUGGUCAUGCUGGCCAUGUACAAUCUGGACUAGGACUAGACCAGGACUGGACUAGGACUCUCAGACUUGCUAAAACCUGUGUUCCUCAGGUGGUCAUGCUGGCCAUGUAAAAUCUGGACUGGGACUAGACCAUGACUGGACUAGCACUUUCAGACUUGCUAAAACCUGUGUUCCUCAGGUGGUCAUGCUGGCCAUGUAAAAUCUGGACUGGGACUAGACCAGGACUGGACUAGGACUCUCAGACUUGCUAAAGCCUGUGUUCCUCAGGUGGUCAUGCUGGCCAUGUACAAUCUGGACUGGGACUAGACCAGGACUGGACUCGGACUCUGGCAGUCAGACUUGCUAAAGCCUGUGUUCCUCAGGUGGUCAUGCUGGCCAUGUACAAUCUGGACUGGGACUAGACCAGGACUGGAGUAGGACUCUCAGACUUGCUAAAGCCUGUAUUCCUCAGGUGGUCAUGCUGGCCAUGUACAAUCUGUCCCUGGAGGGCAGCGGGCGCCAAGGCUACUUCCGCUGGAAGGAGGACAUCUGCGCCUUCAUCGGCCGACACUGGAACUUCCUCCUGGGAUGCAGGAAGAAGACGUCCACGUGGUGGAGCACAGUGGCCGGCUGUCUGUCGGUCGGUAGUCCCACCUUCUUCCGCUCAGGGGCGCAGGAGUUCAGCGAGCCGGGUUGGUGGAAGUUGGUCCACAACCGACCUCCGACCCUGCGGCCAGACAGCGACAAGUCUCGCCCGAAGGUCAAAGCGUCCAAAGCGGCGGUGGAACCCAUCAUCACGGUGGAGGGUCUGAGGAAGCGUGGCGCCAGGAACCCGGUGGAGAGCGCCAUGCAGCUGAAGGAGAAGCGCUCGCGGACUCAGGAGGCCAAAGACAUCCGACGUGCUCAGAAGGAGGCGGGCACGCCAGUCAAGGUGGGCGCGGGGCGCGUCCUGGAGAAAGGCGAGGUGGUGGACUUCUCCUCCCUCAGCUCUUCAGAUAGAACGCCGCUGACCAGUCCUUCGCCGUCACCUUCACUGGACUUCUCCGCCCCCGGGACGCCGGCCUCCCACUCGGCCACACCCAGUCUGCUGUCCGAGGCGGACCUCAUCCCGGACGCCAUGCCACCUCAGGCGCUUUUCCAUGACGACGAGGAGAUGGAGGCGGACGGGAUGAUCGACCCAGGGAUGGAGGACACCCCUCCUCCUGCCACCAUUCUCAUUGGCCGCAAGAAACUCCGCCCAGCGGCGCAUCACAUCAAGCGUGAAGCGGACAGCGAGGACGAGCGUGAGGAGGAACCCGUGAGCCCGCCUUUUUCCAGCGGCGUUGUCGAUAGGACCCAUCGGAGGAGGGCAGAGCAUUGCGAGAGGAGUGAUGUUGGCGGCGCCCCCCGCAGCUCCCUCUACUCGCCCUUCAGCCUAUACGAGGAGAGGAUGCUCCGGCGGCGUUUGGACACCUGCCCUUUGGCGCUGGCUGUCACGCCGCAGGCCAAACGCCUCUGCCGCAAGCUGCUUCUCCGCCAGGUCAAGAGGCAGCGAGGGCUCCCCCUGUUGGACAUCGACCGGGCCGUCAGCUCCGCCCUCAGCCUGGUGGGAGGAGUCUACAGAGCUGUGGAGGUGGGCGGCGGUCAAUUUGCCACCAACAGCCAGGAGCUGCGGGUCCUAGACCGCUUUCAGGUGAAGGGGUCCACUGGGAGGGGCUUACCUGCGCCGCAGGUGUCCUUCUGCUAUCGACUGAUGGGAGCAGCUGGCGCUUUGGAACAAAGCAUCAGGAGCCCUUACACAUCCCGCCUCCUCAAACCCUACAUCAGGCGCGACUACGAGAGUCGGCCGCUGAAGAUGAGGCUGCUGGCCGAGAUCCGAGCGCGCAGGAAGGACAGCCCCCCUGAAGCCGACGCCCCCAUCGACUACUGCUACGUGCGUCCCGACCACAUCCCCGCCGUCAACGCCAUGUGUCACACGCACUUCUGGCCAGGAGCCGACCUGUCGGAGUGCCUGCAGUACCCGGACUUCAGCGUGGUGGUCCUCUACAAGAAGGUGGUGGUGGGCUUCGGCUUCAUGGUGCCGGACGUCAAGUACAACCAGGCCUACAUCUCCUUCCUGCUGGUGCACCCCGAGUGGCGGCGAGCAGGCAUCGGCACCUUCAUCAUCUACCACCUCAUCCAGACCUGCAUGGGCAAGGACGUGACGCUGCACGUGUCCGCCAGCAACGCCGCCAUGUUGCUCUACCAGAAGUUUGGCUUCAAGGCCGAGGAGUACAUCUUGGACUUUUACGACAAGUACUACCCGCUGGACAGCGCCGAGUGUCGCCACGCCUUUUUUCUACGCCUGCGCCGCUGAGUAAGUCGGGUGUUCUUUGAACAAUAAAGAUGAGAUAAGAA